GGUCUCCCCUCAUUGCUUCAAAAUUACCUCUGCAAGCACGACCAAAAUAACCCGCAAUCAUGUCCGGGCCAAGCGACAAAGCUCGUUUCUACCUGGAACAAGCAGUUCCUCAAUUACAGGAAUUCAAGGAAAAGAAAAUCUUCUCAGAGGUAUGCGCGGGCCAGCAAUUGCAUUUGCAGAGGAAGCUGGAGCCAUCAUGAUCAAAGUCCAUGCAUUAAUUCGGCUUAGGAAGAGAUCAGAACGUUGGUGAAGAAGCGAUCCGACUUCGAACAUCGAGUUCUUGGCCGUGGCUCACAACCUUUGGACUUUGCAAGAUACGCAGCAUGGGAAAUCAGUCUCGAGCAUUUGCGCCAAAAACGAUGCAAGCGAUUACGGAUUAAAGGCAGCGAAUCCCAUUCAGGCCAGGCACGCAUCUUUCAGAUCUUCGAUCGCGCGACCAAGAAACAUCCUGGCGAUGUCGCAUUAUGGAUGUCAUAUCUCGAAUGCGCCAGGGAAGCAAAGGCCACCAAGAAAUUCAAGAUGAUUCUCACAGCCGCCAUCCGAUUACACCCCACCAAAUCCGAAUUAUGGCUCUAUGCUGCGAGAUGGUCAUUACAAUCGGAUGCGGAUAUCAACGGAGCGCGGAGUUAUAUGCAGAGGGGAACACGAUUUUGUACGAGAAGCAAGGACUUGUGGAUCGAAUAUGCCAAAUUAGAGAUGAUAUUUCUUGCAAAGAUUGCAAUGCGUCGGAAGAUUCUGGGAUUGGAUGUGCCCGAGGCGAUGGGUACAGAUGAUCAGGAGGCAGAAGAGACGCCCGGAUUCGAUAUAUCGGCGGAUGUGAUUGCGAUUCCAGAAUUCAAAACAAAUGCCAUACGACCAAGUAUGAUUGAGGGUAUCAAAGUAGACACGGAAGCUGCAAAGGAUCCCAUGACAACGCCAGCGCUGAACGGCGCAAUUCCAAUGGCAAUAUUCGAUGCUGCGCGAAAACAACCAUUUUUCUGUUCGUCAGCUGCCGAGGAUUUCUUCGAUAUGUUUGCCACAUUUACACAAGUCAAAUGCCUACCUAUGAUUUUACAACACGUCCUUGAUGCUAUGGUGGAAUCAUACCCAGCAGAUUCUUUCACUUGCAAUUGUUAUGUUAGACAAGCACUGGUGGGUCUUGGGCAUACUUCGCCAGAAUUCCCAGCUGCACUUGGCGUCGCAUUGGAACGACUGAAGGAAUCAGCAAAAACAGUCAAAGAUAAGAACGAGUUUGCAAAGAAAUCGCGCGUAUGGAUUCAAUCAAUACUGGAAGUGGAAGACUUGGAUCCUGGAAUUCAAGCAGUGUUAAAGCAUACUCUACGAAAAUUGGACGGUUGAGCUAGCGAGAGGGAGUGGUUUUACGAGUUAUGAUACCCACACGACGGAAAUUGUUGUAAAGUGACACCACAUACGACCAUACAAGCCAUACAAUUGGGAUCUGCACAAGGGACAGGUACAUGAAGCAAUGUACCACAGCAGACGAGAAGAUUCGCUGCCGAUAACCGGCUUGUGGUGGUGUUUGUAUUACUGGAUGUAAAAUUGCCUCGUCAUACCAGGUUGAUUAUGGA